AAAAAAUCAACGUCUAUAUUUGGUAUAGGAGCUCUUCAGCUUUGGAGGUAAAAUCAGAGGAGUGCCUGUACUGUUGGGAAACGGCAGGAUAUUUUUUUCGAAUGGGGCGUGACAGUCUCCGUUACUAAGAAACCAUCUGCUGCUGACUAGAAUCUCUCAAAGCUGUCCAGUAAAACUUAAAACAUGACUAGUCAGGUAAAUGCAAACCAGGAACUUUUCCUGGAUAUCCUCACCAAAGAGGAAAAAGAAGCCUUACUCACCAAAAAAAUGGAAGAGAUAAGGAAGAAAAACGAGGCACUCCGAAAGAGGCACGAGGAAAUAGAGGCAGAUAAAAGAGCUGUUUCAGGGGGAGCCAGAAAAGUAGCCUCCCCAAGGAAAGAGUCAAAGCCUCUACCUGGAGAGGAAGUGCCCAAGGAGCCAGCAGAUGGUAGAAAAGAGCGACCCAGGCAGCCCAGACCUGCCGGGCGAGGGAAAUCCCCAAAUAAAGGAGUCCGAGACACUCCAAAGGCUCAGGAUAUUCGAGUCACACGCAAUUUAUCUGGAGAAGACAAAAGCAUAGAAAGUAAUAUCCAGAUGAGUAAUGACAACGAGGGCUCAACAAAUGUUAAUCGGAAGAAAAACUCCAAACAUUCUCAAUUUCAGAGGCCUGGGUCGCAAAGCUUCCCUGAUAAAGAGGAACAAGAAAAUCAUCAGUUGGAAAAACCCCGAUAUUGGCGGCCAUUUUCCAAUGUGGAAGGGGUCCAAGGGGAACCUCCACACUAUCAGAGGCACUCAUCGAGUGAGGAGGACCAGGGAAGGAAUCAGCGCCGUGGAAAGCGGCCCUCUAGGAACCCUCCAGUGGAGGAGGUGUCAGACGGAGCUUACGAAGCUCUGAAGCGGCAACACCAACAGCUCAACUACCAACCCAGAAAUCAAGAAUUUCGAGAUCAUGAUUACAGGGAUAAUCGACAUGAGAGAGGUGGAAGGAAUAAAAGGUACCAGAGACCUCAUGUCAGAAACGGUGAUGCCCGACGAAGUUUUGGGGAUAACCACCAAAACUUCACUAAUGGAUUCCAGGAUAAAAGAUAUCCACAAGAACAUUCAGAGUUUGAACCCCAAGCAAAACGCAUGCAGAGUGGUAUAAAAGGAUUCCAGAGGAAGGAGAACCAGGGAUAUGACUUUUCCAAGAGCCCUCUUGGACCUCCACCAGAUCCAGCAUACAACUUUUUGUCUGACAGAUAUCGUCAUGGCGAGAGACCCCCAGAGAACCCCCGCGGAGACACCUCCAGGAGGCACCCCAAGAACUACGGAGGAGAGGACUUUGGCAAUGUGAAGAACAGAAUGAGGAAGGAACGAGAAAGACAGGACAGAGGAAGAGGUGGCCCACCACGUAACAAGAUGGAGAUGGCAAUAAACAUGACUGGAAGAGAGCGAAGAGAAUACGUGGAGUGGAAAGCAGAGAGGGACAAAGUGGACCAAGCCCGCAUUGACCGUCAGAAAUCAGCAUCCGGAGAAUGGAAACGAGAGUGGGACACCCAAAAGGACCAUACUGAAGAGGCCAACCAAAGGAUGGAGCCAGGAAAAAGACCAGCUGGCCGUAUUGGCAGCGGUCGAUUUGAUCGAGGCGACAGGGAUGAACGGCCACUAGGACCUGGACGAAAGGAUUCCAAGGAAUCUGGAGGGAAACCUCAGCCAAAUGGAGUGGGACAGGAACAUUCUGUGGAGAAAGAUGCUGCAGUCCAUCGUCCAGUCGGAAGGGGUCGGGGAAGAGGCAGAGCUCGCAACAGGGGUAGUGGCACUGGGAAUGAUCCAGGGCGGGUGAGGACGUAUUCAGGAGAGGACAGACAUGUUGAAUGCAAGAAGGACCUGCUGGUCAUUAAGGUAGAUAACACACCAGGGACAAAGUCAGACCAGGUGGAAGUGGAGUAUUCUGAUGGAGAAAAUGAAGCACAUAGUGGAGAUCACACUGCAGCUCACCACAAGAAGGCAGGGCCACAUGCUGAGGAACUGUGGUGGGAUGAAGAAGGGGAUGAUAUAGGGCUGGAGUUGCAGGGAAUCCCAGCUGAAGAUGAUAUUUUUGAGCAGAAAGACCUGUUUAAUGAUUAUCAUGGGGAAGAAUAUGAUAAAAAUGGCCAUUUUGAGGAUGCUCCAGGACAAACGAGCCAGGGAGAUGAUGAUGAAUGGGAGGACUGUACAACAAGUGAAGACUUCUCUACUGAUAGAAGUCAGAGUCAGACAUCAGUAUCAGAUGAUUUGACCUCUUCCCUCAAGGUCAAUCUUAAUCCUGAUGCACCUGUCUUUACUCCAGCUUCACCAACAUCACCCAGCCCACUGGCAGCAAAGGUCAGUAAAGAACCAAAGACUGAAAAGGCAUCACCUAAAGAAAAAAAGACAAAAGAGUUAAAAGUUGGAGAGGGAAAACUCCCCCAAAAUAAAGAGGAAAAAGCCCCACUGGACAGCAAAAAGGAGAAAACUGAACAUUCCAAGAGUGACACAGGUCACUCUGACUCUAGAAAGGCAGCCACAAAGCCUGAGGAGUCUACAUUAGCUUCCUCUGAGGAGGAGCUCAAAGGUGAGGUAUCGGAGAAACCAGCAAUGGCUGACUCCCUUACCACACCAGAGGAACCUGCUGUAAAGGCAGACACUAACCCUGAUGAUAAGGGUCAGUCUGAGGAAACUCAGACUCUGGUCGAUCCUCCCACAGAUACGCUGCCUAAAGAAGAGGCAGAUCAAGAUGACACCAAGAAGGAUAUUCAAAGUGAGAAUAUAGAUGAGGAGAAACAAAAACCUGAGGUUAACGAUGAAGAAGAUUCUCACAGUGAAGAAGCAGAAGAUGUCACUGAAGAUAAUAUCUUAGAGAAAGAUGAGAGGGAGGAUAAAGAAGCCACACCGACUCCCCAGAAAGAGGAGGAAAGUGCUCAAGCCUGAACUGCUCGCUGUCACUAGCCAUUCAGGCUUUUGAAGACGAGACAGCGAUCAUUUCCAUUUUCGUCAACCAUCCUGCAGGUGGUUUAAUUUUAAGAGACAUAACAACUUUGGGAGAUAUUAUAGGUCAUAUGAAGUAAAUAUAACCUUCAUUAGCAAAUAGAAAUAGGAUAGUGUUAACUAAAAGGUAUGUUUUUAAUGUUCUGUUUCAUAGAAGCAAUAGAUACAUACUUGUAUGUAUUAUUCAACUACUUUUAUGUACAAUCAUUGUGAUUUUACUGGGAAAGGUUAAAACUUUUGUGUAAGUUUGAAUCACUACUGAAAUAUAUAAUCAGUAUAGUAGAAUACAAUAUGUAGUUGACCGUUAAAAAUCUAAUAUUUGCUAAUGUAUCUUGGUUCACUUAUAAAAUUGUCAUUUAUGAUUUAAUUUUUCCCUUAAUUGCAUAGUGUGUUGUUCGAGAUAUAAGAAGUUGCUUUAGUCCACUUUCAAUUAUGGGAAAAAGGGAAGAAGGCAUUGUCCAUUCAAAAGAAAAUGACCUAGAGAAUUUGUUAACAGGUAUAAGAUUUUGUUGUUUUUUUUUAAGCUUUACCUAGACUGCCAAUGAUAAGAAAAUACCUUUAGUCCUUUACUCUGGGUAUUAUUUUUUUAAUUUUAGUGUAGAACUACAAUUGACUACUGUGUUUAUAAACUUGAUGAUGUGUUUUUAAAUGUAAUGAAGGAGGGAAAAGGCCUAUGACUUUUACACAUUUUUUUCCCAUAAUUUUUUACAAAAAAGUUUUAUUGAAUACAUUUGUAUUUUGUACUAUUUAUAAUUAAAUGUUUGUCAGAACAUUGAACAAAGGAAGAUGGGAAAACGAGUAUUUAGAAUAUAAAAAUAGAUUUGGGAAAUUCUUAAUGACAAAAAAGGAUUGAAUAUUUGAUAAUAGGCAUGAAGAAUUUCUUGAUUGGUGCAAAGAUGUAAAUGUUUGUGAAAAACAAUGCUUUUUUGUAAUUUGACCUUUUGAAGCUACUCGUUGUGUGUUUGAUGAAGUGUUUGAUAAUGUCACAAGUGACAUGUUUAAUGUGUAUUGGUGCUUUUAUUGCAUAUCAGUUUUAAAAGAUAAUUAGAUUAUAACUUCCUUAAAGUCAUCAAUUAAUUCAUUUUUGAUGAACUUUUUUUUAAUUUAAAUAAUAUUUUUAUUUGAAAUGGUUUAAUAUCCAUGCUUAUUAUUUAUUGAAAAUCUUGUUAGUAAUAUAUAUAUUGUUGAAUCACAUGGUAGUGAUUUUAGUGUGUUUAUUCCCUCCAGUCCGUUGUAUGUCAAUAAUUAGGAUUCAAAUUAAUGUUCAAGAAUCAGCAAUUUCUGUUCAGAUUUUGAUUUUGUUUAAUGUUGGUGUGUUUAUUUAAUAAGAUGAAUGACAUUUUUUUUGUGCAUCAAUAAUUUUUAUUAUACAUGUACUUAUUUUAUAUUCAAAUUAACAACAGAUAUUUGCAUUUAAAAAAACAACAAAAAAAAGUGUAAAAUGUAUAUGAAAAAAAAACAACAACAAACCAAAAAUAGGUAUAUAUAAACAUAAGGAAUUUAGCAUUGAUUCACAUCUCUAUCACUUUAAAAAUGGUGAGAAUGGCUGACCAAUAAACAAUCAUUGUCCACAUGCAGUGGUAAGUGUAGGGUUGAAUGUUAUUCCCUGUAUUAAAUUUGAAUCCUUUUGGCAACAUCUAAAAAAAAAUGAUAAAAUUUUAUGAUUUAUUUUAUUGUAAUUAAAAAAUUGAAUACAGUUUGGUCAGCCUUACCAUGGGAAACAUUCCCGAUUUUUUCAUUGAUUUCAUUUCUGUAAUAAUUAUUGUUUUGCUGAAAUGAAUUAGAUGUAUAUGAGUUGGAAAACUAAAAACUAAGUGUAAUCGCAUGAUCAAACUUGCCAUAUGAGAUUCAUUAUAAUGGUUUUUAUUAUACAAUAAAAAGUCAGCCUCAUACUAUU